CCGACGUCCCCCAUGAAAACAAUUGCAUUCGUUGUCGUGUGUGCGGUUGCCGCGUCUGCGACGCAUCACUGCACUAAGGCGAACUGGAAAGCAGUGGACGAUGCCGUGCAUGACAGUCCAUUGAGCGCUUCGUGUGCCGCCGACAUGAACAUGUCGCUGGAGGACUUUUUCCACCACAAGCAACCGACAGUGGAGCAAAACAAGGCUUUCGACAACAGCGAAAACUGCAAGCACUUGUACAAGCUCAUACAAGAAGUGGCGCUCGAUCAACAUUGUUCAGAACUCGACGUGUUCGACCUCAUUACGUGGGAUAUGGUCGUGGCUAUCAUGGACGUCACUGCUUAUCCCAAGGCUUCCACGGAAUGCAACAAGGAACAAUUGCAACAAGCCAUGGAACCACUCACAUUCAACCCGAAUUUGAUGGCGUGCAUGUCGUCGACGGGCUUGUACGCGUCGAUCCUAACAAAAUCGACGCCAUCGGUUGCUGAGUGGGAAAAGGUUGCCAACAACACUGCGUGCAGCAACUUUUACAACGACGCGCAAGGCGUGUUGAAAACGUUGCCGCAUUGCUCCGUCGAAGGUCCUGGUGGGCGCGACAUUCACGCGCUCGAAAACGUGUCGUUUCCUGUCUUUGUCAAGUGGAUGCAAGUUCUGACGGUGAUUCACAAAGAGCACUUGGCGUCGGGGGCGAAUGCCGCAUUGAUGUCGCUGUGGAGUGUCCAUGGCGGCGGUGCGACGCAGAGCAGCAGUGGGCAAGGGAUUUUGAUUGCCCAGUCAGUGUUUAGCGGAGCCGCCUUGGCAUUUUUGGGCAUGUUCAUUUACAUAAGCAGUCGUCGGUCUGGCGAAGAAUCGCGCCGGUUGCUUGCGGCGCGCAUCUAGGUGCCACUCGCGCCGACGUUUUGCCCCAUGUUCGGGUGACUACAUGGAAUAAUGUGAUAUCUCUUCACACACUUGUCGUGUCCGCUGAAUGAGCCAUAAACACCCAAGUCCUCGCGCCUAGCAAGCUGGGCGGAGGCUUCGGAACGCGCUUGGAUCGUGGCGACAAGCAGAAUGGUCGUGAAGCAAAACGAGAUUGCUUGGCGCGAGAUGCAACUUCGUGAGAAGCCAAGUUACACCACCGCUUGUGCGUACAGACGGGAGACAUCUCUGUUGCGCGGGCAUUCAUGAGGCUUUCAACACAUCCGGGCACAGUGAGCGCCAUCACGUCGUGGUUGGUGCCGCGUACAAGAAUAAAACGUAUGGCAAUUACGUUUUAUAUCACGACGGACAUUGCCUUGAACAAAGCGAGGUCGUUGUCUCUGAGUGAUGCAAGUAAACUCUGCGUGAAUCGUCAAGAUGAG